GAUCUUUGGUAUCCAUGGGAGCAUCUGUGGGAGCAGUAACAAAACAGACCCUGUUCCCUCCUCUCAUGCCUGCAGGGCGACCUUUCCGUGUGUCGAAUGCCUCCCGAAGCAGCCGGAAAGGAAUUGUAGCAAGCAGUCUGCAAGAGCUCAUCAGCAAGACUUUAGAUGCCUUCCUUAUAUCUGCUGGAAUAGUUACUCUGGUUUUGGAGGAAGAUGGCACGGUUGUGGACACGGAAGAGUUCUUCAAGUCUCUGGAUGAUAAUACACACUUCAUGGUUCUAGAAAAAGGACAGAAAUGGACACAAACAAGAAAUGGACUUGCCACUGUGAGACAAAAGAAGAAAAUGGGAGUAGCUAACAUCACGUUUGAUCUGUACAAGCUGAACCCUAAGGAUUUUAUUGGCUGCUUGAACAUCAAGGCGACCUUCUAUGAGAUCUACUCUGUCUCAUAUGACAUCAAAUGUAUGGGAGCGAAAAGUGUAUUGCGGAAGGUGCUUCAGCUGAUGUCCCAUGCAGCACAAAUUACUGGACAGUUUCUUCUCUAUACUGGAACUUACAUGUUGCAGUUGAUGGGUGAAUAUGAUGAAGAUGGCACAUGUGCAAGAUCAAGGCGGGAGUAGUGAGCCCAGCUGUGCUUCUGAUAUUGGAUCCUUUUGCUUAAAGACAUUCUCUUGCCCGUAUUUGAUUGUAAUGAUGUAGGGGGAAAUCCACUGAUGUAAACUAACGUUUUUCCCGUUUGAGAAUGGUUGUAGGCCUUGGUCAAAAAAUAAGUGUUUGGUGUCCACAGGCUCUUAAUGCCACAAAAGGCUGGGUGCUCAAAGCUGAGAA